CGGACGGAAUUGAGGCAGCCAAGCUGAUGCUUCAAUCGAUGCUGCUAGCUAGCGUAGCGGGUAACAAGCUAGCUAGUAGGGAGCUAGCUAGGGGUUAGCUGUAGCUGCACCGCUGCGCUAGAUUAUUAAAUGAUAUCUUCGUUUAAUUAGUAACGUCAAAUGUCGUCAGUGAAGCUGAGAUAGUGUUAAUAAAUGUAUACAGUGUGAGAACGUGAAGGUGGAGGACUCGAGGCCGUGUUUUUGUGGUUGAGUUGACUCAGCGGGGAAAGAUGUGCGAUGGAAUGAUACAAUCAACAUCAGUUGCCUUGUGGGCCCACCGCUCAUCCACUAAACGGUUGUUCUUGUUGCUGCUGGUACUGACUGCAGUGUCCACUGGGCAAGGGUCAGGAUGUGUGAGGCCCUAUAUGGUCCAGAACAGCUGGGUAAACCUCACAGAAACCAACAGGGGCUCCUUCCCUGUGGGCACAGUACUGCAGUACAGCUGUGACCCUGGUUACCUGCCAGACGGACCCAGCAUCCUCACCUGCAGCACAGUCGGACGCUGGACCUCUGACCCUCCUCACUGUAUACGCAGUGGUGCAUGUCUACCCCUCUUCAAACCCGAACAUGGGGGCUACACCUGCCACCCAGCGCCCUGCCGGAUGUUUUCCCACGGCACUGUGAUUGAGUUCUUCUGUGACGAUGGCUUUUUUCUCAGUGGAGACUAUAACUACCUGACCUGCCAGGACGGACAGUGGGACGGACCCAUGCAGAUCAGUUGUGUGAGCCAAGGUUGUGUAAGACCCUCCACAGUGCAGCAUGGCUCAACUAAUCUGACAGACUCCAAUAGGAGUUUGUUCCCUGUGAGCACAGUACUGCGGUACAGCUGUGACCCCGGUUACCUGCCGGUCGGAUCCAUCAUCCUCACCUGCUCCAAACUGGGACACUGGUCCUCUGAACCUCCUCGCUGUAUAAGAAGUGAUGGUUGUAUAAGGCCCUCUACGGUGCAGCACGGGUCCACUAAUCUGACAGAAACCAACAGAAGCUCGUUCCCUGUGGGCACCGUACUGGAGUACAGCUGCGACCCCGGUUACCUGCCCGACGGACCCAGCUUUCUCACCUGCUCUGCACUGGGACACUGGUCCUCUGAACCUCCCCGCUGUAUACGCAGUGACGUUUGCCAGCCUCCAUUUCAGCCAGCAAAUGGGGGCUACACCUGCCACCCCGCCCCAUGCCAAAGACUUUCUCAGGGCACUGUGAUUGAGUAUUUCUGUGAGGAAGGCUAUGUCCUGAAGGGAGACUAUAAAUACCUUACCUGUCAGUAUGGAGAAUGGGACAGCCAAAUGAAGCUCAGCUGCCUCAUGGAGCAAGACCACAACCCAACUUUACCAUUGGGGAUGCCCGCCCUGUCCAUAGUGGCCUCCACAGCCAGCUCAGUGGCCCUAAUACUGCUCCUGGUGGUGCUGUUUGUUCUUCUGCAGCCAAAACUAAAAUCCCUCCAUCGACGGGAUCAGGGAGUGUCCGGACAGCCCGUGUCCAUCAUGGUGGAAGGAGUCCAGGUGACUCUGCCCUCGUACGAUGAGGCUGUGAAUACUUGUGGAGCCACGUCCCUCAGCUCCGAGUCUCGAGUCCAGAUAGUGCUGUCUGAGGGUCAGCACGCCACAGCGCCAGAGGCUGGCCCCUCUCGACCUUCUUCCCUCAAACAGCAGCAGUCAGAGAUGGCCGUGGUCCACCCUGUGCCGUCCUCCUCGUCACCUUCACCCUCAUCCUCCACCUGGGUUCUGGAGCACGCAGGUGCUGCAGCUCCAUCAUACUCUCAAAGAAGGCCGUCUGCAGGCAGCGACCAUCACAACCUGUCUCUGGACUCUGAGAUGGACUACUCUGAUGAUAUGCCAUUGUUGAAGGAGGCCUGAAAAAUGCAACAGCCUUUGUACUUACUCGAGGAAACCAGCGUUGCUCCUGACCUGCACUGGUGAGCGGGUAACUCUUGAGAGUUUGUCAACACAGCUGUCAACACAGACGAGGCUCUGAGUGAAGCUGUGGGUCACUCAGAGUAGUUCCUCGGCCCAUCCCAAAGGAGAAGAGAGAAGGGAUUCACAUGUACAUACAUGCUUACAUUUUUCAUAAGAAUUCUUUAUCUAUGUAUGUACGUCUAAUGUCUGAAGCUCCGUUUGAAAACGUGGAACAAAAACAGAAAGGAAGAAAAAUGAAGACAGUGUGUCUUACAGGCUGUUGGACUUAAUGCCUGUUGUAUUUCAGUUUAGUGGGGGAACUCAGUUUGAGAGCUAAUAAUCUCUUCAGUGUUUGUUCACUGUUUCUUUACCCACAUUUCGCACCAGAAUCGGUGAAGAUGCAUGAAAGAAGGAAAUCAAGAUUAUUGUCCAAGUCAUUUACGCUCACAGCAUUGUCUUCACAAGGUUUUUGUGAUUAGAAAGUAUUACUUAAGGUGUUAUUAUUCAUGUCCUUCCACAUGUCACUGUACAGUUUAAGGUAACUUGUCCCCCCAAGAGAUCACUCAGCUGCAUUUUUCAUUGGAUUGAGGGCAAACACUUUUUUUCCCAGGCCUGCAUUAAGCACAUUUCACUCUCGCAAAGCUUUCAGACGUAUUCUCUUCAUAUUCCAACUCUUGCCCCCAAUGGCCUUAGCUUUCCACUUCUAUGCACAGGAUUCUGUAAAAAUAAGGAAUUUGAAACAUGAAUGUCAGCUAAAUGCCUCCACAGCUUAUGGCCCGUCCACACGGCGGCGUGCGUUGAAGCUUCAAUGCUUCUGCCCAUUCACUUUGAAUGGGGUGAUGUCACACUUUGCCGAACUGCAUUGUGGGAGCGUUGCUCGCUUCAAAAGUUGAGCAAUGUUCAACUUUUGAAACUUCGGCGGAAGCGUCAGCCAAUCAAAUCAUAUGCCAGUACAAGCUCUAGCCGCUGCUUGUGUGUCCGGGGCGGGAGAUUCAGGUGAUUGGUUGUUGGUCGAGUUUCAGACACGCCUGCCGGCAAGCUUCAACGCGCGCCGCCGUGUGGACGCUGCGUUAGUGAUAUGUGUGGCUUUGUCAGACACAUCACUUCUACACCAGAAAAUAUUAUUCUCUUAAUUUAUUCAGGCUGCUUGUAAAUUCCUGUUUUGAGUGUAAACGGGAAAUUUAAGAUGUGUAUUUAUUUGUGCCCACAACGCUGUUGAUCAGCCAUGUCUUCUUUUUAAUGCUUUCACAGCUCUUGGAGAAAGUCUUAUCACUUUGCCGCUUUAGUUUUGAUUCUAAUGCAGACAUGUUCUGAGUGACACUGUUAAUGUUGUUUGGACGCGCCUACACGUGAGUAAGUGUACAGAUCAGUGUAAUGUUAGUGUUCACUUGGUUUGACUGUCCAUUACAUUUACUUUUGGACUGAGGAAUUCAUUUUUUUUUUUGUGUUUCUGUGAAGAUGGUAAUUUUAAUAUAUGUAAAAUGUAUUAAGUUAAAUUUACUCUGUAUAUACCAUACAAUUAUUUUGAUUAAAUAUUAUUUGAGAUG